CGCGCUUCUUAACUCCCCUGUGCCUCUUUUACACUACCGCUUGCCCUCUUUGUGCUCGUAUGUUACCCCUCUUGUACUCGUGUGCUACCCCUCUUGUACUCGCGUUUUGCCCCUCUUCGCGCGCCUCUCUAGCUCAGCGGGUAGGCAGACUGGUCAGCAGAUUGGCCAAAGCGUGGACGCCCUAAUCGCUUCUCUUCACUUCCAAUUACUCCAAUUACUGCAAUCACUCCAAUAGCUCUUAUCACUCCUAUCACUCCUACCCCUGCUUGGCCUGCUUAACGCUCGCACUCCGCGUGCUCUCUAGUCGCGCCCCUCGAGCAGCCACGCGGCCUCACUUCUGCUAAUCGUUCGGUACUGCGACUGCCCCUCUUUCGCGCAGUCGAUCUCGUUUUUCACGUGCGAUCUACUCCUUUGGCGUAUCUACUACAAGCCUAAACUCUCAUGUAGCGCGUCGGCACAGUGAACCAUGCCACGGUGAAUGUACGUUGGUCCAGCGAUGACGUGUGGUUAGUCAAUCAUUCGCGCUGCAGCUUUGUAUGUAUGUACUUAUAUAUAUAUAAUACAUACAUGCGUGGUGUUUUUUUUUUUUUUUUUUUUUUCUCCUCGCCGUGCCACUCCGAAAGGGGCAACUAAAAGAUACACGCCUACGCGUAAAUCGCUUCACGCAUGGUGCGUACCCUUGUCAUUCACUGGGGAGAACUAAUUGGGGGGAAUUUCACUUGCAUAUAAUUCUUCAUAAUUGCAAUUUUAUAAUUAUACCUGUACGGUAUAUAUGCUUGGUGAGUAGGUCUCUCCCCCCCCCUAACUUGGACUUGCUAAUAUGCUCGUCCCAUUUUUCAUGCCAUUACGACGCAGGAGAGUGAUCCCCUUUUUUUUUUUUUUUUUUUUGAGAACCACCACUACACCUCCCUGACGUUGCGCGAACUUCGUUGCCACUUCUCCCCUUCCCCCCAACGUGGGAUUGCCCUACCACAAGUGAAGCGUAUUUUUUACAAACAGGGGAAACAUGCCGAGAAUACAGCUGGACGAUGAUAAUAGGGGUAGCAUAUACCUCGUCACCAACCUGUACAGCGAACAAGAGUUGAAAAAGGUCGCGCAGGACUACCUAAGCGAGAGAUUAAGGGACCAAAAUUUCGCAGAAAACAUUAAGUACUCCAACAUCCGAAUUUUCCUAAGCUUGCUGCUCAUAUCGAUUGGGUCCUACUGCACCAUCUUCGUGCAGUACAAAAAGAAUCCGUUGCUUAUGAUCAAGUUGCUGAUCGCCUUCUUCAUCGUGUCGGUAACUCUCUUCUUUUGGGAGUACUUCUUCUUCGAAGACAUCUUCAUGAUUUUGAAGACGAACAAUGGCGGCGUGGCGAAGCUGUUCAUCGAGCUGGACAUCAACAAGAGCGCCCUCCUAUUAACCUACAAGAUGGAUAAGCAAAAGCACAGCACGUCGUUUGAGCUCCGCAAGCUGUUCAACGAAGAUGGCUUCCUCAUCCAGUGUUACGCAGACGCCAUGUUGAAGCAGUUCCUUUCAGAUCACGGCAAGCUUUUCAAACUCUGUGAUGAUAAGAAGCAGGACUAGCGCGGUGCAGGUGGGAUGUAUGUGCCAACCGACGCGACAGAGCAGCUCAUCAGUCAGCUGGUCAACUGAACAACCACAGUGCGGGCCUGUUUAUCCUCCAAACCCACGGGAGUGGCACCAAGUUGACGCAUGUGCGGGUGCCACCGUGGGAGCUCACCACCCCCUUGAACAUAGCAGUGCACUGGCAAAUAUAUGGCCCUUAUUGAUACCGCUAACACAGUUACUGUUAUUAUGUUAUUACGUUAUUAUGUUAUUAUGUUGUUAUCUUUUUUUUUUUUUUUUUUUUUUUUGCCACCCAUUGACCGCUUCCCCCUGGGAGCCGCCCCAACCCAGGGUCAGUGGCGAAACGGGGGGGAACCAAACGAUUAGCCUACUAGUGCACCAUGAGUCGGUGGCAACCGUUGGGAACUCACCACAAUACGUACCGCAUGCGUGUUUAUGCCGUUUGUCAAAGUGUAGA